AUGGGCGAUUUUGGCGACGUAACUGAAAUAGAUGUCGGUGAACCCAUAAAAAUAGGAUGUUUUACCAAUUCUAAAAGUCGAGUUUUGAGGCUAGUUCACAUUUCAGAUACCCAUUUGCAGACACCGGAAACCCCAAUUCCAGAUGGUGAUGUUUUAGUUCAUUCGGGUGGGUUCUUCAAUUUUUAUAAAGGAGUCGGAUCAUUUCUAGAAGAAGUUUCCAUUUUAGAAAAAUUUUUUGCUUCACAACCUCACAAAUAUAAAAUAUUUGUGGCAGGAAACCAUGAACAGUCGUUCGUAGGUCAACCCAUUGAAAGAAUCAGAGCCAGAUUGGGAAGUGUGAUAUACUUACAAGACAAUUCUGUUAUGAUAGAAGGAUUAACAUUUCAUGGAUCGCCUUGGACUGGCAAAAGAAAAUCUACUGCAGCAGCUUUUGUAACUCCGUUCCCAGAAUUGGGUAAAUAUUGGGUGAUGAUACCAAAAGAAACUGAUGUUCUUAUUACACAUUGUCCUCCACACAGAGUAUUAGAUGAUAAUGGUAUUAUGGGAUGCCCUUUGCUCAGAGAAAUAGUUGUAAAAGAAAUCAGGCCAAUGUUACAUUUGUUUGGUCACUCUCACCAAGGGACUAGGGUAAUUGAAAAGCAAGGAAUCUUCAUGUCAAAUGGUGCUCAGUAUGGGAAUGAAAGUGCUCACCCUCUUGUCUUUGAUAUUCAUCUAUCACCUGAUCUACCAAACAAAACAAAACUCUACAAGCCAUCAAUUUGGAAGGAAGACACAACAGACAGCUCACAAGAUGAUACCAAUGAAAACAAAAAAUCAUUCAAUUGUAAUCUUAUCUAA